AUUGAGCAACAACACACAAUUUUUCUUUUUAAAAAAAGAUUUAACGUUCUGGAACUUCACCGUUGUCAAGAAAGUGAGAGCAAUAGGCAGCAACAAAGUUAUUUUCGCUUACAAUGCCGAUCGCAAUCGCUAACGAAAAUAAAGGCAGUUUAAAAUGUGCAAAGUGGACAGUUGAUUUCGCCAACGUGGACGGAGUAGCGAAUGAAGAUUUCCAACUGUCCGGCUGCGAUGCCAAGUUCGAAACCCACUUCAACGUGUCGUGCACGUACGAAAAUCAGAUCCAAACAGAACUCGCAUACGGACAACCUUCCCAUUCCAGAUUUUUCAGGAAAUAUGACAUCGAAGUGUCUUUAACGCAGUUAAAAGAAGGUAAUGAUGCAACGCGUUCUAACGCAGACAGAAACCCUGUCUCAGAUUAUUAUCUUCAACCUUGCAACGUGUGGAUUAUCACCAACGAAAACGCAAAAAUCAAGUUGAAGAGAUCGUCUGACACGAGUGGCUGGAACGUCAAGUCUGAAAAAUUCCAGGUGAACAUCCCCAACACGCAAAGCAGGGCCAAUCCUAAGCUCACUUUAUUUACCGCUGAAAUCUGGAUCGAGUUUAAUCGUAUCGGUCAACGUGAAAUAAAAGCCCUGGCGCAUUUAGCGAACUACUUGUUUGUGUGUCAAAACCAAUGCGACGUCCAGUUUAUUUUCGAAAACGGCCAGCAAAUCGGCGGCCAUAUUCAAAUCUUAUCGGCCAGGAGCGCGGUAUUUGGCGCCAUGUUCAAUCACGAUAUGCAAGAGGCAAAGACGGGUAAAGUCACCAUCAAAGACAUCAAAUCAAACAUUUUCAAGGAGCUGCUUCAUUACGUCUACGUUGGCCGUACCGAGUCAGCGCUGACGGACGACACUGCCCAGCAACUGUUCUCGGCUGCGGACAAGUACGAUAUCUUAGAUUUACGCAACGAGUGCAUUGAAUAUCUCCUUUCACAUAUCGAGCUGAAUAACGCCAUAAACAUCAUGAUCUGGGCUGAUUUGCAUUCGAUGGAAAACGUCAAAAACGUCGCACUCGACAUUGUGGUUAGUAACGCCAAAACGAUUUGUCAAACGGAAGAAUGGGACCGGAUGGCAAAGAACUAUCCCGAACUCAAUCUGUUGGCAACUCGUCGCAUCAUUGAUAUAGCUCAAUUUCCUUCGAAUUUAAGAAAAUAAACUUUCCAUCAAAUGCAGUGGCCUAAUCAUUUACUGAACAUCAGACUGCAUCGCCGCACAAACAAAAUAUGAAUUAAUAAAUUUUUAAAGAGAAUAAGUAAAGCAAGUAUUAAGUAAGCUAACGGAUAUAGGGCUUCUUGCAUCCGCAGUCAAUCUGUCCUAUUGCUUAAAGGUACGCCCCUUUUUGCCCAGGAUAUAUGUGACGUCAAAUAAAGACUCGCAAAAUGCGGGCCCUUUGAUUUCCCCACCUUUUGAUGUAGAAAAACAACGAAAUGCAUUUCGCGGUUAUUGAAAAGUUGAAUACAUUUUAGUUCGAAAUAUUCCGUAU